AUGGCAUCUACUGAUGGUGUCACCAGGCUGGAGAGGUGGGCACCCACCACACUGCUCUGCCUGCUCCUUAUUAGUCAGGUGGGACUGUCUGUGGCUCACCAGGUGAACACAUGUGAAGCGAAUGGUAGUGUGUACUAUGUUGGCGAGUGGUAUUUUCUGGACUCGGACCAUUGCACACAGUGUGAGUGUACCUCAGAGGGGCCAGCCUGUGCCAGGACAGAGUGCACCGCUCUACCACCGGCCUGCAUGCAUGUCAGUCACUACCCCACCGACUGCUGCCCCCGCUGCGAGAAGAUUGGCUGUGAGUACAGAGGAGAGGUCUACGAGCUGGGCGAACACUUCCAGCCCUCGGAGUGUGAGCAGUGCACCUGUGACAUCGAUGGCAUCGCCCGCUGCCUUGUGGCCGACUGCGCCCCCCCACCAUGUGUGAACCCCGUCUACGAGAAGGGGGAGUGCUGUCCUCGCUGCAAAGAUGGUCCGAACUGCUAUGCGGACGCCACCCAAAGGCGGGUCAUCCCGGCGGGGCAGUACAUCUGGGUGGACUCCUGCACCAAGUGCCGCUGCCACGACGGGCAGGAUGUGGGCUACUGGGAAGGGAACCGCCUGGCCAAGUGUGAGAAGACCAAGAACUGCCACACACAGGAGGGCCAGGAGAACUCAUAG